CAAAACGUGUAAUUGCAAAACACAGGUUAAAGAAUUUUUAAAGAAAAAAACACAACCAGCUUUUGUUGGUCAUUGCGAAACUUGUAGAACUAAAGGCCAGUUAAUACUUCAAGCGAAAGCGAAGCGAUAUUGACGUCAGGACAAUUUUUCAACGAAAUUUCGCUCGAGUUGAAAUUGGUUUCACUUUUACAGGGUUGCAACGCGAAUAUCUUGAUCUGACGUCACAAAUGCGCGUUCACUUUCGCUUUCGCGCAAAGUAUGAACGGCCACACAAGAUUCAAAUUGUGACGUCAUGCACAGUGAAGAAAGUAUAUAAUAUUCGUGCCAGUUAGUCUGUAUCUCAGGGUUUUUCUCACCACUAAGAAUUUAUCUUUGUUUCAUUGUGUGGCUGGAGCAUAUUCUUGCUUCCUCGGUCAAGAGCUGCUGUCGCAACAUGGGAGUCACUUCCGCUGGGUGCUGCUGACGGAGCCUCCUCUCGAAGCGUUCGGCGGUGUCGGCUGUAAUGCCUUCCAGCUGGGAGGGCUAAACAUGGCUGGACGUCCCGCUUACGCCCUUGGCGUAAGCUUGGCAGAGCUCGGCAAAACACCAACGGAGAUGACAGGUGUCCCAGACUGCCAAAAGGGUGAGGACCAUCCUACUUUCAUCACGGAGCCAACAGAAAACGGCGACACAGUGGUGCUGUUCCCUUUCGGUGAAGUUACAUUUCCGUUGGGCAUCACAGUUGAGUUAAACAGGGAAAAUCCAGACUGUAUCGCACGAAUCUACCUGGCCAAGACUAGUAACUCUUCGCAGAUCAAUCAGUCACCCUAUUUGAUAGAGUUCCUCGUGACUGGAAUGAGGGUAAGGACGCGGAAGUCUGAAUCCCCAGCGACAGAUAUCCAGACCAGAUUCCUGGUUAAUCAAUGCCAGAUCGAGGUGACCUAUCAACACAAACAAAUCACAAUACGACUUGCUUACAAUGAGGGAGGACUUGAAAUAUCCAGACUGUUCAAGGAAUCCCCAGCAAAGGGUGUGCACUUCCUGGGUAUUUCAUCGACCGGACGUGUCGAAUGGAAGUUUUCACUCUUUGAGCCCCCCAAAAUAUCGCUCGAUAUAAUUUGAAUUCACUUAACAAACACAUAUAUUUGGAAAAAUUCGAGGGGCAUAAUAUCGUCUCGAGAGUAUAAGACAAAAUGUACUACAUAAUUAUACUUAAACUGAUGGGUACUUUCUUUUCAUUCCAGUGAAGACUUGAUGACAAUCUUGGAGAGAGAAAAGCAAUAACAUACAUAUUCAGCAAAGACACAAAGUCCUACUUUACUUGCAAAGUUAAAUUUCAAGUCACAAACAGCGCAUUUAUUAUCUCAAAGUGCAUUAGUAUUGUUGUUUUAUGAACGGCACAAGGCCACUGUUGCUUUAAAUUUGCCAGAAGCAAAAGGUAUUGAAAUAGUGUUGUGUGCAUUGUCUCGUGUAGAAUAUUCCUCGACACAGAGUGAAAUCAAAUUCAGAACUUCAGUAAAAAAUGUUACAAUGGUAUGCAGCAGGCCUACGUUCUUUGAGAACUGGCAGAGUUCGACAGAGAAUUCAGCAAAAUCUCCCCCACAUAUGUGGAUGUGUUUUAACCUUUCGAAGACAAAUGAAUGGACUAUAUGUAUGGAAUAUUUUCGACACAUUUCUCUAGAAAUGGCAUUUCCAGUCGAUAUUUAGAUUAAAUGUAAACUUGACAUAUUAUGUUCAAGACUGUCACGAAAAGGAAUGGGUUGAUCUUAUUUUUCCAAAACGAAGUUGUUCCCAAAACCUUUAUUCAGAGCACAGUUAUGGAGGAUUUGCGAUGUAACCACUCAUUUUCCAGCAAAAGAAAGUUAAACCAUCUGAAAAAAAACAAAUUGAACUGAAUGGAGGGCGCCGCGGUCAUCUUUCAAUUAAAGGACCUACGUUUAACACAGGUGCUCUCAGUCAAACUGUCAGAAACAGAAUCAAAUUCGUUUUAAUAGUACAUUUGCACUUUUGCUAAGAGUUCUAAUUCCUCGUUCUCUCAAGUUUAACAAGAUUAGUUCCUUUGUUUGGGCAUAUAGACAUUAAGGUGUGUUUGUCUACACGGUCAAAUUAUAAAUGAAGUAUAUUGUUUAGCCAACUUGUGCACAAUUAUGUAAUGUUUUGUCUUUAGUUUUACUAUGUAGGACGCACUGCUUCACUUUUCAUUGACACUUGUUCAAGACUCAGUUUUCUCUAUUUGAGUUAUAUUUCUUGUGAAAUAAAUACAUGUAUAUAAU